AUGUCGGACCCAACUUUCGCCCAGUUCUACCCUCAGUCCGCUGCAUUCGAGCCUCAAGCAUAUCACAACAAGCUCGAGCCCGCAGCACAUUCCACCAUCGCCCUCGACGGUAUCGAGAACCAGAAGCAGUCCUUUGACUUCUUCAACUACUCCCAGUCCGGACUCGACGUUGUUGCUCCUCACCCUGACCAGUUUGAACUUGAGCUCGACAACUCCCUCGCUGCUUUCGACGCGGAGCUGAGUCUUAUCCCCGUCGACGCCGCCGACUUCUCCUUCUACCGCGGCGAGACUCCCACCUUCGGUCCGCCGUCGACCUUCACCGUCUCGUCUGAGUCGGUGUCGGGUUAUGAUUCUGCCUACAACGAUAAUCUAUCCAGUCGUUCAGAGAGCUACUACAACUUCAAGGCCCAGUCUCCCACGUCCAACUACCCUUCUAGCGUCUAUUCCCUCACCCAAGAGCAACUCGACAUGGAGUUCCAGCGCAUGGCCAUGCCCACCCACGACGACCCCAACUCCUUCGGCGCCCUUCCGAACUCGCCUUCCAUCCGUAGCUCUCCGAGCAGCGUUCCCAACAUCUCACAGUACUCGCCCGCGUACUCCUCCCCCCGUGGCUCUUUCUCAGACUACGAGCCCGCGCAGCCGCAGCAGGUCCGGCUUGGCAGCUCGGCAGCUUCCGACUACUACCCCUCGGCGCAAGUGCAGCUCAACAAGUAUGGCGGCCGUGUCAUGCAGUCCCAAGUCCCGCAGGCCCGUUCGACUGCGAGCGUGUCCCCGCAGAUGUCGGCUUCAAUGUCCCAUCCGUCGGGCGUGUCUCACCCCUCGCUCACCGCCCAACGCACCAAGAUGGAGAGUAUGCAAGAAGACCCGAAGCGCAAGUACCAGUGCCCGACGUGUCCUCGAGCGUUCGCUCGUGCGUACAACCUCAAGACCCACAUCCAGACCCAUGACCCCAACCGCCUCAAGCCUUACGCUUGCCACCACAAGUCAUGCGGUCGCUCUUUCAGCCGCAAACACGACCUCACGCGUCACAUGGUCUCCAUCCAUCGCACCGAGACGGUAACGGCUUUGCAGGCCGCGGCGAACCCUGGGCGCCCUAUUGGCGUCGACAGCGGGCGUCGCGCGUGGUGUGAACAGUGUGGUCGUAGCUGGGUCGGCAAGGGCAAGGAGAAGGGUUGUGAGUGCGAUGAUGUGAAGUAA